AUGUACUGGGGAACCCCAGUCGCCCUCAUAACAACCUCCAACGAAGACGGCACCGCCAACAUCGGCCCAAUCUCCUCAGUAUGGUGGCUCGGCCACCGCUGCCUCCUAGGCUUCGCCUCAGGAUGCCAAACAACCCUCAACAUCUUCCGCACCAAACAAUGCGUCAUCAACCUUGCCAGCGCCGACAUGGCACACUACAUCAACCCCAUCGCCAAAACCACCGGGACACCCACCGUUCCUCCCAGCAAGAAGGACCGCGGCUACACACACUGCAAAGACAAAUUCGCCGUUUCAGGUCUCACCCAACAACCCUCUGAUCUUGUGCAGCCGCCUAGAAUCUCAGAGUGUCCUGUGCAGAUGGAAGCGGAGGUUACGAAUAGUAUGGAUUUGAUGCAGGAUGUUCCAGACAGAAAGGGGAUGUUGAUAGCUAUUGAGGUCAAGAUUCUUAGAACGCAUGUUCAGAAUGAUCUGAGGAUGGCGGGGUAUGAGAAUAGGAUUGAUCCUGAUCGCUGGAGGCCGUUAAUUAUGAGUUUCCAGGAAUUCUACGGUCUUGCACCGGAAAAGGUCGCUGAGUCGAGUCUCGGUACUAUUGAUGAGGAAAAGUAUCGCGCUUUUACUCGCUCGGAUGUUGUCAAGCAGGGAGGAGAUAUGGAUACAUUUGACAGUGAGGCUGGAUGA